AUGAGGAUUCUUGCGUGGAAUUGUAGAGGGGCGGCUAAGCCAGCUUUUAUGUCAUCUUUCAGGAGGUUGGUUCAGAUCCAUAGUCCAGAGAUCUGCCUUCUCUAUGAGACACGACUGUCUGGUAGAGGUCUGGAUCGUGUAUUACGGCGUUUUGAGGUUGAGUGGGAGUCAUAUGUGGUUGAAUCCCAGGGGUUGUCCGGGGGCAUUGUGGCUUUGUGGAAGCGGGGUGUGGCCACAGUCGAUGUUUUCCAUAACUGUGCCCAACAGGUCCUGAUGAUUAUUUCGGAACCUAACGGUGCUCCAUGGAUAUUGAGCGGUGUGUAUGCUAGUACUGACCAUCGGACUAGGAGGGUGCUGUGGGAUGAGCUUACCCACUUGAUCGCUCAGGGAUUUCCGACGGUGAUUGUGGGUGAUUUCAAUUGUAUCUUGGAGAGGAGUGAGAAACGUGGAGGGAGGGCGUUUACUGAUUCCGUGGACAGGAGGGAGUUUCGCGACUUCAUCUCGAGAAAUGGCCUAGUUGAUCUAGGUUUUUCUGGCUCGCAAUUCACGUGGUGUAAUAACCAGUCUGGUUGUGCCAGAGUGUGGGAGCGGAUUGAUAGGGCGGUUGCUUCUGCUGACUGGCUCACUAGAUUUCCUUCCUACAGGGUUAGCCAUUUACCCCGUAUUGCUUCGGACCAUUGCCCGUUGCUGGUUUCGACGGCAGCGGGCUCUAGUUACCAGUGCCCCUUCCGCUUCGAGAAGGUUUGGCUGUCCAUCCCUCAAUCCUGGGACAUUGUCCAAGGAGCUUGGGGUCUGCCGGUUCACGGCGACGCCAUGCAGAGGGUCUCACGUAAAUUGGAACUGACUAAGCGACGGCUGCGGCGGUGGAAUCGUGAGGUCGUGGGUGAUAUCUUUAGAAAAUUGGAAGGUGUGGAGGCCGCGAUUGCUGACCUUCAAAGUAGAGAAGAUCAGGUGGGUGUGCUCUCUGAGGCCGAUAUGGUUAGCCUCCGGGGACUGCUCGCCGCUCAUCACUCGAUCCUGCGUCAACAUGAGAUCUUCUGGAGACAGAAAUCCAGAAUCCAGUGGGUCAGAGAGGGUGACCGAAACACUAGUUUCUUUCACCGCUCUACGGUCAUCAGAAGGCAGCGGAAUAUGAUCCGGUCCUUGCAGGAUGACUAG